AUGUUCAUUACGGUGGUCGAGUCAUCGUAUGGUGGUGGCGACGAGAUACACACUCCUCCUUCACCAUCACCAAGUGUUCACUUCGAUAAACCCAAGAUGCUUCCACCGCCUCCAAACGCAGCUACUUUUCUCGUUUGUCCUCAGUUUACCGCCGCAACAUUGAUUAGUGUCUUGGCUUUCGUCUUCUAA